AACGCAGCCCCGCCAACAGCCGAGGCUAGUUAGUUUUAUACACGAAGUCUAUGUAUACCACGAAUCCUCCCGAUAACUGUGUUUCGUUAGUGAUUAACUCUUUUUUUGUAAUAAUUCUUAUAACUUUUUUUGUACUUUUCUGAUAAUGGUGUAGUGUGGUUAUGUUCUUUCUUCAUUAUACAAACGAAAUCAUUAACCGGUGCGUUUAAUUGGAAACCCCACUCCCAUAUGUGGCGCCCCAACGUUUAUUUCGUGUGAUAAAACUAUUCCUACGCGGACAUAAGUGUGGUGCGAUAAAUAAGUGGACACUUGUAGUGACGAACUAUUUAGUUACCUACGUAGUUUUUACAAUGCCGAUAACAAGGAGCAGAGCCGCUAGUCUGACUCGCAGGGAUGAUACCCUCGAAGUAUUCCCCGACCCCUCGAGACCGACGACGCCGACGCCGACCGCGCCCGCCUAUCACCAAGAUGGCGGCGGCGCGUCUUCGCCGCGCACCGACAACAACAACGCUACGUUUUCCGCCGAUAACGUCGCGACUAUAAUUGCAUCUUUGCAACGCUCGCAGACGGAAGCGUUUAAAGAGCUGUUCGACUCGAUGAAUCGCGCAAACGCAUCUACUCCAGUCGCAUUGUUAGGGCAAAGCACCCUUACCCGCUGCAAGGCCACCUUCUCCGGCCGACCAAAAGAAUCGGUCGAAGCAUUUAUUGACGCCAUCGAAGCAUACAGCGAGUGCGCACAAGUGACGGACUCAAAUAUCGUCCGCGGACUUGCGUACCUAUUCAAGGACGAAGCCGCAACAUGGUGGCAAGGCAUUAAGAGUUCCGUGUCCACCUGGAGCCAAGUAAAGGAAAAUCUAAUUAGUGCCUACGGGGACCGACGGCCACCGCCACGUAUUUAUUUAGAAAUAUUUUCCACUCCGCAACAACAACACGAAAAUACGGAUAUUUUCGUUGCACGUGUUCGCGCCCUAUUAGCGAGGUUGCCGAAGGGCGACGUAUCAGAGUCAGCACAGAUCGACAUGACGUACGCCCUGCUCCACAGCCGUAUACGCAAAAGAUUGCGGAGGGAGGAAAUUAAAAGUUUCACUGAGUUACUCCGCCUAGCACGGAAUAUCGAAGACGCGUACGAUCAAAAGCUCACGACGCCGAUAAGUGAUAACAGAGUGCAACAAAAUGUGCAACCGCCAUCCACAUCCGCACAUCAUAGUCAUCACGCUCCGCGCGCGCCGCCCGCUUCGUCGCAUAGCACGACCGUGCGCGCGCCGACCUCAAGUGUCGUGCACGCGCGCACGCCGACUUCGAGCGACGCGAUCGCUCGCGCGCCUGCCGCCGCUCCAGCCGCCGUCGCCGCGCGGCCCGCCGCGUCGCUCGCGCCGGCGCCCGCUCCGCCGACUCGCGACUCGCAGCGGCCCGCCUCGGCCAACAGGCAACGACCCGUCUGUUCGUAUUGUAAGCGAUACGGUCAUAUUAGGGACCAGUGCCGUAAGUUGGUGAACCAAGGUGAGCGUAUCCAAUCCACUAUAAACUCUGCGGAUAGUGAAACAUUUUACUGUACUGAUUUAUUUUCAUUUUAUUGUACUGAUUGUUUUUCAUGUAAAUAUUUACAAAAUGUUGUAUGUAGCGAUGCUACUACGGAACCCUCUGCUGGACGUAGUUUACGGCCUAUUUUUAAAAUUAAAAUUAUGAAUUUUAACGGUACUGCGUUAAUUGAUACGGCCGCAAAACGUUGCAUUGCGGGUCAUUCGCUAUAUACUCUCCUUCUAGGUCAGGGACAUUCUUUUAACUCCUCCUCACAGAACGUGAAGCUUGCGGAUGGUAUUAUUCGUACUAUGGACGUACUCACUACCACCUUAGAAGUACACUUAGAAUCAAAAGUGAUAACGAUUCCGUUUAUAGUUUUUCCCGACUCUACCAAUAAUGAAACAUUAUUGGGUAUUGAUUUUAUUACCGCUGCCGGAAUAGUUAUUGAUUUUGAUAAAGAUAUCUGGUAUUUUAGUAGCGAUGACAAUAUAAAAUACACCCUGUCCUAUGAACCUACGUCGCGUAGAGUGUCAUGCGCCUCUACAGAUAUACUAAGAGAUGACGAGGGCACUCAUCUUACGUCAGCUGAGCGACAGGCGCUCGCUGAUGUUCUUAACCGACACGCACACGUUUUUAGAGCAGGGGGAGGUCCGACUCCAUAUGCUGAGCACCGCAUAGAGACGGGGGAUCACCCACCUAUUGCUGUCCCUCCGUAUCGACUAAAUCCGUCGAAGAAACAGCUGAUGAAAGCCGAGUUGGACAAAAUGUUACGUGAUGACAUUAUAGAAGAGUGCGAGUCAGCUUGGUGUUCACCGGCGUUGAUGGUGCCGAAGUCCAACGGUGGCAUCCGCUUCUGCGUGGACUAUAGGCGUCUCAACGCAAUCACCAAGCCCGACACAUACCCGAUGCCACGCAUCGACGAGCUACUACAGAGCACGAAGCGAGACUGUUACAUGAGCACGUUAGACCUUCGUUCAUCAUACUGGCAGGUAGGUCUUCGGGAAGCCGAUAGGGACAAGUCUGCUUUUAUCUGCCCUCUCGGUACUUACCGUUUCAAAGAAUGCCGUUCGGUCUCCGAAACGCACCUGCGACGUUCCAGCGUCUCAUUGAUCGUGUCCGCUCUUGUUCAGCUUUACAGGAUGUAACCUUAUUAGCAUAUUUAGACGAUCUUUUAGUCAUUUCUCAAGGUUAUACUCAACAUUUAAAAGACCUCGAGGCAGUUUUUAAACGUCUGGCCGAAUUCAACCUCUAUGUAAACAGGGAGAAGUGCGCUUUCGCUAGGGGGAGCGUUCAUUACCUCGGCCACGUUAUUACACAAGAAGGUGUUUCCACCGACCCUAGGAAGGUGAGUGCUGUUCUCGAGAUGAAGGAACCAGGUAACCUUAAACACCUGCGCACCUUUCUACAAACAUGUUCGUGGUUCAGAAAGUUCAUACCGAAUUUCUCGAAGGUAGCUGAACCACUUACACGCUUGACUAGAAAAGUCAAAUAUGGUCUUGGGACUCAGAGCAGUCUCAAGCUUUUGAGGAGCUGAAGCGUUUACUAACCACAGCUCCUGUACUGAUCCAAGCUGACUUCAAUCGUCCCUUCAUUCUGCGUACAGACGCAAGUAACUACGCCUUAGGUGCGGUUUUAUUACAGGGCGAUGGUAAUCAGGAAAGGCCAAUUGAAUACGCCAGCCGACUCCUCAACGCAGCAGAACGCAACUACUCUACCACCGAGCGUGAAGCGCUUGCUGUAGUGUGGGCGGUGGAGCGUUUCCGGCCUUACCUAGACGGCCAACCGGUCGUAAUCGGCAG